AUGACAUCAAUGGAAACGGAAGGAGGAACAAUACAGCAACAACAACAAUCAUCUGGAGGAGGUCUUCAUCAUUUCCAAACCGACAUUAUUGAUGCCGAUGCAAACGACAGUGGAAACGAACUAUCGAUGGGAGGAAGUAGUAGUGAAGUCUUUGUAGCCGAUUCAAUGUCCCAUCAUCGUGGAGAACACUCGAAGAAUCAUCAUCAUCAAGACUGUCUUCUCGGUCAAACGGCUACUUCGUCGAUUUGGGGAUUUUAA